GCUCCCAGACGUCACUUAUUUUCUGAUGGACAAAAUAUAUACGAGUGAGUAGUGGUGGGGUGUGCUAUGAUCAUAUGACUAGUUGCUACCUUGGCCAGACGGCCCUUUUUCAGGUAGCAAUUAAUCAAGGUACAUAGAAAUACUGCUCACUUCACUUAAAUUCUGAUAGCUGAUUUUAACAUAUAUUUCACACAAUAUCGUUAAAAAUCAGGAUUCAUUACUCCCAGACACAUGCGGUCGGCGGUUUUACCUUACAGACGCUUCAAAGCUAUUAAAAAAAUUAAUUAAGGUCACUUAUUUUCUGAUGCUUGAUUUUUAUAUAUGUUAUUCAAACAACUAUUUUAAAACGUUUUGCAAACGGACAGACCGAUCCAAGGGGCCAAACAUUCACCAGACCCAAUUUUCAUGUCGCUGAGAGUAGGGGCACGGGCAUUAUCCGUGCGCAUAAGUGCGAGUGAGACAGACAUGAGUGUCAUUGCUUCUCUCCUUCUAUUCGGUUUACUCUUACCCACUAGUUAAUGUAUCGCGUCUGUUGAGUGCGUCAGCUGUGUUGUGAUUUAAGUAGCAAUUCGUAUAAAAAAAUACAAAUAUUUGCAGUGUUUGAAAAAAUAUAAUGGCUAAUUUGUUAAAUUGUGUAUUUUGCAAUAAUUGUGAUGAAAAUUUAAUAUUAUUUACGGAAGAGACAUUAAAAAAGUGUCGAGUGAUUUUACAGCAUAGAAAGGAACAUAACCUAAAAUUUAAAGACGUUGUUUUGCCGGGUGAACUAUUUGAAAGUGGUUAUCACAGAAACUGUUACAAAUCGUUUACAGGGUUAAAUAAAAAGUACUAUUUACCAAAAAAUACGGCAACCGAGAAAGCUAAUUCAACAGAAAAGUUAUUAAGCAUUGCAGAAAAUUUAUCCACUGAUAUCUCAACGACAGUUGAAUUAGAUACACAAUGUAUUCAGCCAGAAGCAUCUACGUCUCAACAUUUUAAUCCAGCAGCAGCUGUUAUACCUGACACUACUACAAUACCUAGCCCAUCUGUCUUACCUGAGUUGGUCGAACCGGAUUUUCCAAGAUUAGAAGAAUAUAUUGAUCAUCCUGAAAAUAUUGAUUCACUUUCUGACAGUAAUACUGCAGUUGAUAUCGAUGUAAAUAAUUCUCCAAAUAAUCUUACUUGUAUAUAUUGUGAUCAAAAAACUAAAAAGCACAAGUCUAAACGAUUGCCUCUAAUUACGUCAGAUAAAAAUGUAUUUCUAUCUAAAGCUAAAAAUCAAUAUGAAAAUCAUACAGAAUUCUUGGAAAAAAUUGUAAAUUAUCCACAUUCUAAAAUACACUAUCACAAUAUCUGUCAAUUAAAUUUUUCUUAUGAAACUUCAUCAAACAAAAAAACUACUACAACUCAUUGGCAUAGUCUUCGUGAACAACACCGAGCAGCUUUUCAUGAAAUAUGUUCUUUUAUUGAAGAAAAUAUAAUUCAAAAAGGACGGUGUUACUUCCUGAGUUAUAUUUGUCGAUGUUAUAUCGGAUUAUUAGAUGAAAGUGAUGAAAAUAAUGAUGUCGGAAUUAGAGGGGAUUUUAAAGCACACAUUUUGGAAUCAAAAAUUAAGAAAAAAUAUGGUAAAGAGAUAAAAAUUUUUAUUAUUCAGAAUAAAAAAUUAGUCGCGCCGAAAAAUGUAGUGGCUAUUGAUGAGCAAACACUCGAAAGUCUAAAAGAUGAAGAUAUUUUACUUAAAGCUGCUCUAUUAUUGAGAAAAUCUGUUUUACAAGCUGAAAAAAAAAAGUUACCUCAUAACUUAACAAUACAACAUUUGCAGGACGGAGAAAUAUCUGUGCCACAAGAUCUACUGGACUUUUAUUCUACUUUGAUAGCCGGUAAUAAUCGAAGACGUAAAAAUAAUCAAAAGUGUAUCCGUCAAGUCAAGUCAUAUUGUGAAGAUGUCGUCUAUAGCAUUUACAAUGGAAAAAUAAAAACAUCAAAGCAUAUUAUGCUCGGAAUGGCUUUAAAAAGUCUAACAAGUAGCCGCAAAAUUAUUGAUAUAAUACAUAGAUAUGGGCAUUGUAUCAGUUAUCCUGGAGUGGAAGAGCUCGAAACAGAAGCAACAUAUACAUCAGUUGAAAAAUCAAGUGUAUGUCCUGAAACAAUUAAAAAAUCACCAGAUCUCUGCACCGGUCUUGCUUUCGAUAAUUUUGAUCGUUUCGUGGAGACAAAGACUGGUAAAGAUACAUUGCACGAUACAGUUGGUAUUAUUUACCAGAAUAUUGAUAUGAACACCCCAGAUGAACCGCAAUUAAUAAAUAUCACCGAUGCUCAUACCGAAGUAUCUAUCAACUCGCAAAAAAGGAGACGGAGAACUUUUGAUGCUAUUUCUAUGGAAAUUAGUGAAGAACCAUUGGUUAAAAAAAUGAAGAUAACAGAUCUAGAAGCGUCAGCUUGUGAAGAUACAGAACCUAUAAAUUUACCACUGUACAAAACGAUCGAUACGCUGUGGAUGUUUAGCCAUGCUCUCCAGUUACCGAAUGUUCCAAUGUGGGUUGGAUUUAAUUCUUUUCUAGUUGACAAUAAUAGCCCACAACAAAUAGUUUCAUAUCUAACUCCAAUAAAUCAAUCGCCUACUAACAAAUCAGUAGUUUUGGAGACUAUGAAACAGAGUCAACAAAUUUGUGAAGAAGUGAAGCAGUCAUCCAUCCAAGUUACUUAUGAUCUUGCGAUUGCAAAAAUAGCCUUACAAAUUCAAGCUAGCCACAAACCAGAUCUUGAUAAUUUAUUCAUACAUUUGGGGCCAUUCCAUAUAAUGAUGGCUUACUUCAAAACUAUAGGAAAAUUUAUUAUGCAUUGUGGCUUAACAAACGUCAUGGUACAGAGUAAUUUAUUAGCAUCCGGCUCUGUAAAUGGAUUUCUGGAGGGAAAACAUUUCAAUAGGUGUAAAAGGCUUCACCCUUUGAUGGCUGUAGGUUUGGAAAUUUUACAUUUUAAAUCGUUUUUGGAGAGUAAUAAUAUUACUAUCAGUGAUCAAAUUAUCCAAGAAAUCACACGACUAAGAACGUCUUCAAUAUCUUCACUUACAAUUGAGGAUGACGAGCUUAAUGCAUUAUUACAGAAUUAUGAUAUUUAUAAGCAAAAAACCCUCAAUGGCGAGUUUGGUAAAACUCCACAGUUUUAUUUAAUCUAUAUAAAUCUUGUUCAUCAUUAUUUAACCUUGUCAAGAAGCAUACGUUGUGGAGAUUUUGAAUUAUUUAAGUUUGUACUGCCAAAAAUUACUAACUUAUUUUUCAUAUGCAAUCAACAGAAUUAUGCUCGUUGGACAGUUAAAUACAGUAAUAAUUUGUUAAAAGUUGCCGAAACUCAUCCUGACUUGUAUGAACAGUUCAAAAAUGGUUUUUUUUGCAUUCAAAGAACUAGUAAGCCUUUUUCUAAGCAACCGAUUGACUUAGUCCUGGAACAAACCAUUAAUGCAGAUGCAGCCAGGAGACUCACAGGAAUAAUCCAAUUCACCAAUUCCAUAUCAGCACGCCAACGAUGGGCUCGCAGUCAUGAUAUACGAUCAACAAUAAUUAGUUCUGUUUAUAAAGAUCUAGACUUACAACAAAUACAAGAUGUUACAGCCGAGGUGUCUAAUCAUAAUAUGAAGAAUGAUACCAAACAAUUACAAAAAUUUAUCGACGAAUUCGAUCGAUUCAUCAAUCCGUUUAGUCCUGAAGUACCACAAGAUCUUUUGCUUAAUAUUUCAUCUGGAAAAGCAGCCUCAGAGGUCGUAGAAAAAUUUCUUCUCAAUGUUGAGAAGAAUGGAGACAUAAGACGUCAAACAUUCAUCGCAGAAUGUAAAAACGAUGAAUAUAGGUUCGAAAAGAGCAUAAAAAAAGUGCCACUGGAAAACUUUUCUUUAGAUUAUGCUAAGAAAACAACAACAACUAAGGUAGGUGGUAAAGUGCUAGAAGUACGUACUCAAAGAGAUCUGUUUGGGCGGAUGCUUGGAAUAUCGAUUGAUCACAAAGUCGAUAUAGCCAAAAUUUUAUCAUACCCCAUAACGCCAGUGCCAUUAUCCAUGUGUCAUUUCGACGGUGGCAUCUGUAAAACCCAAAAGUCGGUUCUGAUGAAAUCAUUGGAAAAAGGCGUACAACACAACCUACCUUCUCACAUUGAUAUUUUGAUAAUUGAUGGUUUCUUUCUGCUCUAUACUAUGAAUAAUGUGCCUAAAACUUUUGGAAAUAUCGCAAAAAAAUUACUACAAAUGGUGACACAGUUGAAAGCCACGAGAUAUGAUGUCAUAUUUGAUCAGUAUUUUUCCCCUUCCAUUAAAGAUUAUGAAAGAUCUCGCCGAUAUGAAUCAUCACUACUGGAAUUCAACAUUACUGGGCCAGAUCAAGUUCGUCCAUCAAAUUUCACGAAAGAGUUAAAAAAUAUCCACUUCAAACAGGCUCUCGUUGAUUUCUUCAUAUUGCACUGGACUAGUGAGGAGAUGAUUCCAUUCAUUGGUAAUAAUCAAGUUUACAUUAAUUUUCGACAAUGUCACUCUUUCACCGUGAGUAAUAAUAAAGUUAUGUCUGAAAUCAAUGAAGAUUUAUCGUGUCCCCAGCAUGAGGAAGCUGAUACAAAGAUUGUUUAUCAUGUUUGCAACACUGAUGCUCGAGCUAAUUUUGUGAUACGAUGUUCAGAUACGGAUAUUGCAGCGAUAAUGCUAGGAAAUAUGCAUCAUUUAAAAAAUGAUGAUUCACACGUGUGGAUAUUAACCGGCACUGGUAACAAUCAGCGAUAUGUUGAUAUUAGCAGUAUCUACAAACAGUUAGGACCGUCGUUAUGUCGAAGUCUACCAGGAUUCCAUGCUAUUACUGGAUGCGAUUAUAAUCCCGCAUUUUUCAAAAAGGGAAAACAAAGGCCGUUUAGUAUUCUUAAAAAAAAUAAAGAAUACCAACAAGCAUUUCUCACCUUUGGCACGUUGAAUUUGAUCGAUGAUGUAGACGAAGAAGAACGUGUAUUCAAUAUAGUACAAAGAUUUAUAUGUGAUGUUUAUAACGUACCAGGAGUAAUGGAUGUAAAUGCUGCCAGACUUCAGCUGUUUAUUAAUACAUAUAUGGUAUGUGAUGUUAAUGAAAAAUUUAUGCAAAAAAAUAUGAAAAACUUCGAUGCUACUAACUUACCACCUUGUAAAAGCGAACUUCGGCAACAGUUUCGACGAGCUAACUAUAUUGCUAGUGUUUGGAACAAUGCUAGUGCAAAAAUGAUUAAUAUUUUCAAUCCCGAAAAUUUUGGCUGGACAUUAGAAGAUGAUAAAUAUCAUUUUCAUUGGUUUGAUGGAGAUCAAUUGCCGGAUUUUGUCAGUCAGUCCUUGGAGGAAGAAUUAGCGAAAACGCCCGAGGAAAAUACUGAUGAACAAGAUGAUGAUUUAGAUAUUCAAUAUCAAGAUAGGAUCGAUGAUGAAUUACCUGACUUCAACGACGAUGACAAUGAAGAUUAGAAGCCAGUCGAAUAUUUACAAAUCAAUCUUACAAACUUAUGUAAAAAAAUAUUUGUCGAUUUUUGAUAGUUUUUUAAGGUUCGUUACAAAUAAAUAAUUAUUUGAAAAGGUUGCUGUUAUUUAAUUAAAUUAUUAAUACUUUGUAAACCUUUUGAUAUUUACUUUAAAAAUUUAAAAUUAACUUACUUAAAAAAAUUUAAAUUAAUAAAACAGUUUGUAAGGUACAAUUGUAUAAUUAUUGCGGUCAGAUGAGCACUUUUCUCAAAGUUAAUCUUUGAUUAUUUACGUGAUUUUCAAAUAGAAGGAGAGAAGCAAUGACACUCAUGUCUGUCUCACUCGCACUUAUGCGCACGGAUAAUGCCCGUGCCCCUACUCUCAGCGACAUGAAAAUUGGGUCUGGUGAAUGUUUGGCCCCUUGGAUCGGUCUGUCCGUUUGCAAAACGUUUUAAAAUAGUUGUUUGAAUAACAU